AUGCGUCGACGGCGAUCAGACGAGCAUCCGCGACUUGAGAAGCAGCUGGCAUGGCCGUCAUUUCGCAUGCGCCGCCAGUACGUGUACUACAUCAUCGGCUUUGUAUUCGCAUGUUGGUUGCUGUACCCAACCCACAAGCCCGUACCCGAGCCGGUUGGUGUCGUCAGGAUCAACUGGUCAAACUAUGCAUACAGCGUCUAUGCGACGGAUAGCGCAUCGCUCUGUCACGCCGUGAUGGUGCUGGAUGCGCUUGGUCGGUUUGGUAGCAAGGCGGACCGUGUUCUCUUUUACCCUGAGCACUGGGACACGACUGUAGAGAGCUCGAGGGACCGAGACAGUCAGCUACUUAAUUUGGCACGCGAUGUCUACAAAGCCAAGCUGUAUCCUGUCAAACCGCUUCAGGUCGCCGGGCGAACAGAGACUGAGUGGCUAUGGGAUGAAACAGUUACCAAGCUAAUGGCGUUUUCUCUCGAGUACUACGACCGUGUCAUUUCUCUGGAUUCGGACAUUACACUUCUCAGCUCUCUCGACGAGCUCUUUCUCCUUCCUCCUACGCCAAUAGCCAUGCCGCGUGCAUACUGGACCGACAGCAAGCCCUGGCCAUUGUCGACAAAGCUUAUGGUGAUCCAACCCAAUGCGGGACAGCUGGAGAAAUUCAAGAUACUCAUGGAAGGCGGUGGUGACAGCAUGCUGGUCAGGAUGCAUCGGUACGACAUGGAGAUUUUGAAUGAACGAUAUGAGCAGAGUGCGUUGGUUUUGCCACACCGCCCGUAUGCUCUUCGCACGGCAGAGUUCCGAAAGCAUGAGCACGUCGACUACUUGGGUGACGCCGACGAAAAAUGGGAUGCCGAGAAGGUUUACAAAGAAGCCAAAAUUAUUCACUUCAGUGACCAUCCAUUGCCACCGCCAUGGUUCGCAUGGCCUGGCGGCAGUGUCCCGGAGAUGCAACCCGACUGCGGGGGAGACGGCGAAGGAAGCUGCGCUGAAAGACGGAUAUGGAUGAGUUUGUACCAAGACUUUCGGAAGCGUCGCAAGGAGGUGUGCAAACUACUGAGCGUUCCCGCGGCCCCGUGGGCUUUGGUUAAGCAGCAGGCAGGACUCAAUGCGACAAGUACCGAGCAGGUUGCGCCUCAAGCCUCCAGCUGA